UUUUCCGUUAAGCCAACAAUAUUGUUUUUAUCUAGUGAAAAUAUUAUAAUUUGAUUUGUUAAUUGCUGUCUCUGCUAUUUAUAUUUUAACUGAACAAGAUGGGUCUAUCGUCAAGCUCUCUUGAAAUUCCUGGUGGUGGAAAGGAAGGUUAUCAUGUUCUUAAAGUACAGGAAGGAUCACCUGGAGCUGAAGCUGGCUUACAAGCAUAUUUUGAUUUCAUUGUAUCCAUCGGCAAUACCCGUCUGAAUCAAAAUAAUGAAACCUUGAAAGAAAUACUGAAAGCAAAUAUCAACCAGACUAUCAAAAUGACUGUUUUCAACAGUAAAACUAGUACAAUCAGACAAGUUGAUAUCAGGCCAAGUAGCGAUUGGGGUGGAACGGGUUUAAUUGGUGUGUCCAUCAGAUUUUGCUCUUUUGAAAACGCUAAUCAAAAUGUUUGGCACAUUCUGCAAGUUGAACCCAAUUCUCCAGCCGAACAGGCUGGUCUUCAGUCUAAUUGUGAUUAUAUCAUUGGAGCAGAUUCAACUUUUCAAGAUUCAGAAGAUCUAUAUUUAUUGAUUGAAUCCCAUGAUGGAAAACAAUUGAAAUUAUUUGUUUACAAUUUAUUAACUGAUAACGUUCGAGAUGUUUUAAUAACUCCAAACAGUCGCUGGGGAGGAGAAGGAUUACUUGGUUGUGGAAUCGGCUAUGGAUACUUGCACCGCAUACCUUACCAACCCUCAAAUGAUCAAGACUAUUCUGAUAAAGCACAAUUGUUGCAGGGCAGUCAACCAAUCAAUACGGAUUGCACUCAAUCCGUACCUGCGGUAAAUCAAUCACCAACCCAACAACAUUCAAGUCAAAUUGAGCCGACGAUAAAUCAAUCACCAACACAACAAGAUGCACCGCGAUUCUUAUCUGAGACAGAUUCAUCCUCAACACAAGAUUCACCUCGAUUCUUAGUUGAGACAAAUUCAUCCCCAACACAACAGCAACCAACACCAUUUGACAUGUCAAGUUUUCUCGCUGAUCUUAAUCGAUCUCUUCCUCUGGAUGAAUCCAUAGCCUUUUCAUCUGCACCACCAGGAACAUUCACUCCAAUGGUUGCCACGAGUAGUGUGAAUACCUAUACGUCAUCGAUGGAUAAACCAGUGUUAACAGCAUCCAAUCCUAACCAUUAUAAUUUACCAUAUAACACUGGAACAUUAUGUUCAAUGACGGAUAAUGUUACAUCUUACACACCAGCCAGUUCAAUUACAACUCCUAUUCCAACGUCUGGUAUGCCUCCGUCAGCGGUUAGUGUCCCUUUGCCAUCAGAUCUGAAAACAGUCAAUAUCAACUAUGAUGCUUCGUCAAGUCAACUUAACCCACUAGCAAAGGAUUUCAUGAACAUGUCUCUAGCUCCGACUGCUACUUCCGAAGUGAAACCAUAUAUUUCAGCGUCUUUAUCCAACCCAAUAGCUAAUCCUUCGAUGACUUACUCUUCUCUUCAUAAUGCACCCUCGAUGCCUCAGACUUCACAAUUUUUUAGCAAUUUAACAGCUUCAUAUAGUCAACCCGAAUCAACUAUGAAUUUACCACAACGAACAAAUAUGUUUCCUUUACCAAUGAAAACGACUAACAUCAGUUUUCCAACUCCAGAGCCAAGUGGACCUUAUAGUAGUUCAGGAUUUGUUUCCAGUAACAAUCCAUCAAGUCAAUCAGCUUUACCUAUUUCUAGUGGUUUUAUUAACUAUACAAGUGCUCCUUCUUACACGUCAGUUGAAUCAAGUAUGCAACAGCCAACAACAACAGGAAAUUUAGCACCUCUAACAACAAUUAAUCUAAAUCAACCCCCUAAUAUAUGAUUUUUAUAAAAUCUGCUCUUUCUCCAGUCAAAUAAACUAUUCAAUUCCUUUGUCAAUUUUAUGCAAUACCUAAUAAAUAUAAUAAAGCUAUUCUAAUUUAUUGA